CAUUGCCAUCCGCGAUAUCGCAGCGAGGCGGCAAAGCACGCAAGCGAUUGACUCGCGCGCCGAUUAGAAAUACUUCUCGCUGCACAAUCUCUUGUCUGCGAGCGAAACACUGCAUCGCCAGAGAGCAAAAGCUUGGUUGAGCAGCCAAAGCUUGGCUGUGCAGCCAGCAGUCGUAAAGCACCGCAGCCACAGAAAUGGAUGCCCUCGUGAAGCAGUGCGAGGCCGCCGGCGAGGCCGUCAAGCAGGCGAAAGCCGGCGGCGACGCCGACGACGUCAAAGCGAAGGUCGCGGCGCUCGUGAAGAUCAAGGAGGAAAUCACGAAGCUCGACCCCGCGCACCCGAUGGCUAUUGUGGAUAAGAAGGCCGCGAAAAAGAAGGCCGCGGCCGCGAAGAAGGCCGCGGCCGGAGCCCAGCCCGCGGCCGAGGGCGGCGACAAGCCGAUGUCCAAGAACGCGCAGAAGGCCUUAGCCAAGAAACAAGCAAAAUUAGCCAAGAAGGCCCAGCACAAGGAAAACGCGGCGGCGAACGCGCCGCCGCCGCCGCCCUCUGCCAAAGAUACACCAGUAAAAGAAGGAGACCUCGCCGCCGCUCUCACGGCCAUCGCCUCCCAAACGGCCGGCCCCUUGGCGAGCAAGGCGGCGCACUGGCGGUCCCUCGCGCCCCAGGCCUGUGGUAGUACACCUAUGGAAAAGGCGAAGUGCGCGGAGUGGAUGGCUUGGUGCGAGGCGCCGCCGGCCGACGCCGCGCAGGUGUUGGAUGCGGCGUUGGCUGAUAGGUCCUUCCUCGCGGCGGAGCGCCUGACGCUGGCCGACGUCGCUUGUUACGUUGCAUGUAAACAAGCCGUCGCGGGCGCGUCGUGCCGGAACGCGGCGCGCUGGCUGCGCCAGGUCCAGGCCGAGUGCCGACGGCUGGCCCCCAAAGCGGCCUGGCCGGAGCUCGUAGCAGCGGGCCCCCAGAACGUGGCGGGGCCGCUCGCCGCGUCGAACACGGCUGCGCCCAAGGCCAAGCCGCCGCCGAAAGUAGUACAGGAGAAGCCCAAGGCGCCUCCGGCUGAAAAGAAGAAGGAGAAGAAGCCCAAGGCGCCCAAGCCUAAGGCGCCGCCCGCUCCAGCAGCACCGGAGCCGUCGUCGCCCGAGGAGGCCUGCGAGCAGGCCGCGCCUUUACUAGAUAUCCGUGUCGGCACGGUGACGAAGUGCUGGGAGCACCCGGAGGCCGAAAAAUUGUACUGCGAGGAGAUCGACAUCGGCGAGAAGGACGGGCCGCGGACGAUCGCGUCCGGCCUGCGGCCCUUCUACGCGUCGGCGGACUUGAUCCAGGGCCGGCAGGUUUUAGUGUUUGCCAACCUGAAGGCGCGGAACAUGCAGGGGUUUCGGUCGAACGGCAUGGUCUUGUGUGCUUCUACUCCCGAUCAUUCGAAGGUCGAGCUGCUGGCCGUGCCGGCCGGCGCGAAGAACGGCGAUAGGGUGCGGUUCGGCGACUUGAAGGUCGUGGACGCGGCGAAGCCGGCCCAGGUCCAGAAGAAGAAGCUGCUCGAGAAGGUUAUCGGCUACCUGAAAACGGACGGGAAAGGUACGGCAACAGUGCUCGGGAAGCACGCCUUCACGCUCGACGCGGGUGUUAUCUCGGCGCCGAACUUCCCCGACAGCGUGAUUGGGUAAGUUUGCUAGAUCUU